AUGGAGAAGUUGGCUUUCGCGUUGGUAAUCGCCGCGCGAAGACUUAAGCCAUACUUCCAGGCGCAUACAAUCGUUGUCUUAACGGACAAGCCACUGAGAAAAGCCAUGAAUAGCCCAAAAGCAGUAGGAAGAAUGGCUUUGUGGGCAAUAGAGUUAAGUGAAUUCGACAUCCAAUAUCGCCUGCGGACGGCCAUAAAAGGGCAGGCAGUAGCUGACUUCAUCGCCGAGUUCACUCUAGGGGAAGGCCAGUUGGUAAAAGGGAAAGAACAGUGGAAUAUCUAUACAGACGGAUCCUCAAACAAACGAGUCGGAGGAGCCGAAGUAGUGAUCCAAACUCCGCAGGGGGACAAGAUACAAUGUAUGAUCCGACUGGAUUUCCCAACAACCAACAACGAGGUUGAGUAUGAAGCCUUGGUCACCGGGCUAGACCUUGCAAAGGUCGCGGGAGCAAAAAACAUAAUUGUCCACUGUGAUUCACAAGUGGUGACGAGUCAGAUUAAUGGCGACUACGAGUGCAAGAACGAUAGAAUGAAGAGAUAUUUAGAAGAAGUGAAAUAUCGAAUCAGCAACCUCGAAGUCGAAUUCAUUCAGAUCCCAAGAGAAGAGAACGAAUGGGCUGACCACCUAGCAAAAGCUGCGUCAGCCGAAUUCAUGCUGGUUCCCGAACAGGCUGGGGUGUUACCAGAAAAGAAGGGCGCCGCAAGAAAGCUGAAAGUCCAGGCAUCACAAUUCGUGCUGAUAAAGGACGUCUUAUAUAAAAGGGGUUUCUCUCGACCGUACCUGAGGUGUUUGUGCAAAGAGGAAGCAGAUUACGUGAUGAGAGAAGUACACGAGGGUAUCUGUGGGAACCACUCGGGCGCACGAUCACAUGUACACAAGUUGAUCCGAGCAGGAUACUACUGGCCUACAAUGAUGAAGGAUGCGCAAGUCUAUGUCCAGUCCUGCAACAAAUGCCAGAGGUACGGGAUACCCAGGGUACUGGUCUCUGACAACGGUAAGCAAUUCAACAACAGCGCAUUCAGAGACUUCUGCUCGGAGCUAGGGAUCAAAAAUCACUAUUUGUCACCCGCACACCCACAGGCGAACGGGCAAGUUAAAGUCACGAGCCGUUCCUUGCUCAAAAUAAUCAAGACCCGUCUCGAGGGGGCAAAGGCUGUCAUUCCCGCAGAAGUAGGGCUCACGAGCUACCGGGUGGAGAGCUAUGAUGAAGAUAAGAACAAAGAGGCUAUACGCCUCCAACUCGAUCUAGUGGACAAAGUCAGAGCGGCAGCAGAGCAGAGGUUGGCGCGCUAUCAGAAUCUCAUGGCGAAACACUACAGCAACAAAGUGAGGCGUAGGGACUUCCAGGUCAGGGAUCUUGUACUACGGAAAGUAAUGGGUGCCGCUAGAGAUCCUUCACAAGGAAAAUUCGGCCCCAACUGGGAAGGUCCCUACAGGAUCACAUCAUGGCAAAGGAAUGGCACCUACCACCUCGAGACAAUGGACGGACAAAAGCUGCAGCACCCCUGGAACACGGAGCAUCUUCGGAAAUACUACCAGUAG